AUGAAGUUCCAACCCAUAGUUACUCUACUUCCUGUCGUGUUACCCUUGGCGCAUGGUGCACCUGCUCGUAGGGAUACCCCCAACCCCGAUCUUCGAGGAACCAACUCCCUAGUUGGAUAUUCGCCAGACAACAGUGGUGGCAGCGACUCGCGACCCGACAUCAAGUAUACUCUUGUUCCUGAACAAAAGGAAGAUCCCGAAAUCGGGUCUCACCUAGAUUUCGUGAAAGCCGAUAAUCCCCAGCCGAUCCGUGGUUCCACGGGUUCUGAUGAUCCUGGUCCGAGAAACUAUUAUUAUGAUAGAAUUAAUAGUGACAAGCUUGCACCUCCCGGAACUGACCAUGGACAGACAAUUAAUGCGCAGUGGCCGAUGGGAUUGAGCCAUAACAGACUUGGAAUAGAUGGAGCUGGUUGGGCCCGCCAAGAGAACACCAACGUGAUGCCGGACGCGACGCUCAUGGCAGGUGUCGAUAUGCGCCUGGCGCCUGCCGGCUACCGCGAGCUUCACUGGCAUGUGGCCGCCGAAUGGUCCCUGGUACUCAAUGGAUCGUGUCGAAUUCAGGCUGUGAACGAGAACGGGGAGACAUUUAUCGACGAUGUUACUGCUGGGGAUGUGUGGUUUUUCCCACCUGGCCUUCCUCAUUCUAUUCAAGCUCUUGACGAUGGAGUCGAGUUCCUUCUAGUCUUUGACGAUGGAGACUUUAGUGAGGAUAAUACAUUCCUUGCAACAGAGGUCUUCCUCCACACCCCGAGAGAGGUCCUCUCGAAGAACUUCGGCGUCGACGUAUCAGCCUUUGGCAAGAUCCCGGACGACGAACUAUAUAUUUUCAAGGGCACGCCUGCCCCAGCUGACAUCGAGGAACAGAAUGUGACAACAACUGCCGGUCUCAUCCCUCGCGCCAAGAGCUACUCGUAUCAUUUCUCCGAGCAGCCGGCCCACGAAGUCGCCGGUGGUUCAGUCAAGAUCGUUGACCCGCUCACUUUCCCUAUCGCUAGCAACUUCUCCGCUGCUAUUGUUACUGUUCAUCCGGGCGGCAUGCGUGAAAUUCACUGGCAUCCAACUAGUGACGAAUGGACUUUCUUUAUUUCGGGUCAAGGGCGAGCGACGCUUUUCACUGCUCCUGACUCUGCGACGACGUUUGAUUAUAGUGGUGGUGAUGUUGGGUACUUCCCAAAGUCUAAUAGCCAUUAUAUUGAGAACACCGGUGAUGAAGACUUGGUCUUUGUGGAGGUUCUCCAGGCGCCUGAAUUCACAGAUAUGGCUCUUGGCCAAUGGAUCGCGUCCACGCCGAAACAAAUUGUUUCGGAUACACUCAAUCUCAGCGAUGAUAUGCUUAACAACCUGAAGACCGAGAAGCAGUACGUUGUCGGUGGUACUAGCAACUAG